UUAGCUGGUACUCCUCGACGCGCCCACAGCCCCUAUACCGCGUCGCAACAUUGAUCGUCCCGAUCGCCAUCCUCCACGUUGUUACUUUUGCCUAAAUCAUAUCGCAAUGGCUGCCGCAACGUCCGCAACGGUCACCGUCGACCCACCUGCUAUGAAGAAGCGUGGGAGGCCGAGGAAGGCCGUCGAUGAGAACGCUGUUGCGCCCGAGAUGCCUGCGGCGAGGAAGGUAUCGACGAAGGCAAAGGCUGCGCCGAAAGCGACUUCAAAGGCCAAGACAAUGGAUGCUCUCAAGAAGAAGAAGGAGGCUUUGACGAAGGUGUCUGACUACAAGACGAAGACCAAAACACCUGCGCGCAAAGCUGCGCCCGCAAAGAUCGCGGAACAAGCUACACCGGCGACACCGACAGGUAGCAAGAUUCUAGACGAGGUCAAGGCGGCACGAGCCUUCAGCAAACCACCAACAGAGCCUCAAGAGCCCUUCCUCCCUCCCGUACCUGGCCCGGCGCCAGUCGCCCCAAUCCUGCCCGCUGCCGCGGAAACACCUGUCGGCGCAGAUGCAGCACCUACACAAGUGCCUGAAACACAUUACGAACCGCCGUCCUCCAGCUCAGCAACUGGAGCGCCGAUCCAACAGCCCGUAAACGAAGCGCCCUCGAAACCCUUCAUCGCACCUACGACAGCAGCCCCGAGCGAGCGCGCAAACACCACUCCACCAAAGCCACGCGCAACCACAAUUCCACUCCCCCGCAACCCUCUCACAGCGCCCUCGCCAUACUCCGACCUCCCCAAGCCACGCACCGCCUUCGCAGAGCCCGCGCCCAGGGCGCCGCCACGAGCUCCCCGCUUCCCAACCCGCAUCAUCGAGCCAAUGCCCAACACAAAGCUGCCGCCAAAGUACAAGAAGGCAGCCAGACAGGUCACGAGCAUUAUUGUCGGGAUACCGAUCAUCAUUGUGGUGGGGUAUGAAUUGUACGGACGGUGGAAGACGCAGAUCAACACCAAGUUUGAGGAGCGGGAGAGGAGACGUGUAGGCUCGAAGUCGUUGAGUGUGGUGGGCGAGAAGUAGUGGAAGAGUGGACUUGGAUGUAUAUACACGUGUGGAUCAUGAUGGAAUGCAACGAUGCAUGUCUCGUGCUUAAGCUCUCCCCGCGACAAAGGCGCUCAUAGCCUUUACCGCACUGCCCUCAUACCUCUUCAGCAGAUCUGUGGCCGUUUGCUUAUUCACAUUGAGCUCCUUGAUCAGCAAGUUGACAUCAGCCAUUUCGACCUUGCCAUCCGUCUUCGCCUCAACCUUGGCAUCUUUCACGUUCAGGUUCUUCAUAGCUUGAUCCAGCGCUUUGCCUUCAACGCCUUUCUUGCCACCG